UGUUACUUCAGUUUUGUACAGAACUGGUUUGUGGCCGGUUUGAUCCUAGCAGAGGUUUGCCAGUCCAAGGUAUAAGCGAAAAUGCAUAUAAAGUCAAUCAUUCUGGAGGGAUUCAAAUCCUAUGCCCAGAGGACUGAAGUCAAUGGCUUUGAUCCCCUCUUCAAUGCUAUCACUGGUUUAAAUGGUAGUGGAAAAUCCAACAUAUUGGACUCGAUCUGUUUUUUGCUGGGCAUCUCCAACUUGUCUCAGGUUCGGGCUUCUAACUUACAAGAUUUAGUUUACAAGAAUGGGCAAGCUGGUAUUACCAAAGCCUCAGUGUCAAUCACCUUUGAUAAUUCUGACAAAAAGCAGAGUCCUUUAGGAUUCGAAGUUCAUGAUGAAAUUACAAUAACAAGGCAGGUGGUAAUUGGUGGCCGAAAUAAAUAUUUAAUCAAUGGAGUAAAUGCAAACAAUACCAGAGUUCAAGAUCUCUUCUGUUCUGUUGGCCUUAAUGUUAACAACCCUCACUUUCUCAUCAUGCAGGGUCGAAUUACAAAAGUAUUGAAUAUGAAGCCUCCAGAGAUUUUAUCUAUGAUAGAAGAAGCAGCAGGAACCAGGAUGUAUGAAUACAAAAAAAUAGCCGCCCAGAAAACUAUAGAAAAAAAGGAAGCUAAGCUGAAAGAAAUUAAGACGAUACUUGAAGAAGAGAUUACUCCAACCAUUCAAAAAUUAAAAGAGGAAAGAUCUUCCUACUUGGAAUACCAAAAAGUGAUGAGAGAAAUAGAACAUUUGAGUCGUUUAUAUAUUGCUUAUCAGUUUUUACUGGCUGAAGAUACUAAAGAACGCUCAGCUGAGGAGUUAAAAGAAAUGCAGGAUAAAGUUUUAAAACUUCAAGAAGAAUUGUCAGAGAAUGAUAAAAAAAUAAAAGCACUUAGUCAUGAAAUAGAGGAGUUAGAAAAGAGAAAAGAUAAGGAAAUUGGAGGUAUACUCCGCUCUUUAGAAGAUACUCUCGCAGAGGCUCAGCGUGUUAAUACUAAAUCCCAAAGUGCCUUUGAUCUCAAGAAGAAAAAUCUGGGAAGUGAAGUAAACAAACGCAAAGAGCUGGAAAAAAGUAUGGUGGAGGACUCUAAAACUUUGUCAGCAAAGGAAAAAGAGGUUAAAAAGAUAACAGAUGGACUGAAUGCCCUUCAAGAAGCAAGUAAUAAGGAUGCUGAAGGCCUGGCUGCUGCCCAGCAACACUUCAAUGCUGUAUCUGCUGGCCUGUCUAGUAAUGAAGAUGGAGCCGAAGCCACCCUUGCUGGUCAAAUGAUGGCCUGUAAAAAUGACAUCAGUAAAGCCCAGACAGAAGCCAAACAGGCACAAAUGAAGUUGAAACAUGCCCAACAAGAAUUAAAGGCCAAACAGGCUGAGGUUAAAAAGAUGGAUAGUGGUUACAGGAAAGAUCAAGAAGCGUUAGAGGUUGUGAAGAAACUUAAAGAAAAACUUGAAGCUGAAAUGCAAAAGCUAAAUUAUAAAGAAAACAGGGAAGAAAGCCUUUUGGAAAAGCAUAGACAGCUGUCUCGUGAUAUCAGUAGAUUGAAAGAAACGUAUGAUGCUCUGGUGGCCAGAUUUCCUAAUCUUCGAUUUGGAUACAAGGAUCCAGAGAAAAACUGGAAUAGAAAUUGUGUGAAAGGGCUUGUAGCUUCUCUAAUUAGUGUCAAAGAUACUUCUGCAACCACAGCUCUAGAAUUGGUGGCUGGGGAAAGACUCUACAACGUUGUAGUAGACACAGAGGUUACUGGCAAAAAGCUACUAGAAAAGGGGGAAUUGAAGCGUCGCUAUACUAUAAUUCCACUCAAUAAAAUUUCAGCCAGAUGUAUUGCUCCAGAAACCCUGAGGGUCGCUCAGAAUCUUGUUGGCCCUAACAAUGUUCAUGUGGCUCUUUCCUUGGUUGAAUAUAAACCAGAACUUCAGAAAGCCAUGGAGUUUGUUUUUGGAACAACAUUAGUUUGUGACAAUAUGGAUAAUGCUAAAAAAGUGGCCUUUGAUAAAAGGAUAAUGACUCGAACAGUGACACUAGGAGGUGAUGUAUUUGAUCCCCAUGGGACAUUGAGUGGCGGUGCUCGAUCUCAGGCAGCUUCUAUUCUAACCAAAUCUCAGGAACUAAAAGAUGUUCAAAGUGAACUGAAAAUCAAGGAGAAUGAGUUACAUGCCCUAGAAAAGGAAUUAGCAGGUCUUAAAAACGUUGCUGAAAAGUAUCGCCAACUAAAACAGCAGUGGGAGAUGAAAACUGAGGAGGCAGAUUUAUUACAAACCAAGCUCCAGCAAAGCUCAUAUCAUAAGCAGCAAGAAGAAUUAGAUGCCCUUAAAAAAAUCAUUGAGGAAAGUGAGAAUACUUUAAAAAACACCAAGGAAAUUCAAAAGAAAGCAGAAGAAAAGUAUGAAGUACUGGAGAAUAAAAUGAAAAAUGCAGAAGCUGAAAGAGAGAGAGAACUGAAGGAUGCACAGAAAAAACUAGAUUGUGCCAAAACAAAGGCAGAUGCUUCUAACAAAAAAAUGAAAGAAAAGCAACAGGAAUGUGAAGCUAUCACUCUAGAGCUGGAAGAGCUCAAGAGAGAGCAAGCAUCCUGUAAACAACAGCUUGAAGCUGUGAAUGAAGCUAUCAAAUCCUAUGAAGAUCAAAUUGAAGUCAUGGCAGCUGAAGUGGCUAAAAAUAAGGAGUCAGUAAAUAAAGCUCAAGAAGAGGUGACGAGGCAAAAAGAAGUGAUAACAGCCCAGGAUAAUGUCAUUAAAGCAAAAUAUGCAGAAGUGGCAAAGCAUAAAGAAGAAAACAAUGAUUCUCAGCUUAAAAUUAAGGAAUUAGACCACAACAUUAGCAAGCAUAAACGAGAAGCUGAAGAUGCUGCUGCAAAGGUAUCCAAAAUGUUGAAAGAUUAUGACUGGAUUAAUGCAGAGAAACACCUUUUUGGCCAACCCAAUAGUGCCUAUGAUUUCAAAACUAACAACCCAAAAGAAGCUGGCCAAAGACUUCAUAAGUUACAAGAAAUGAAGGAGAAGCUGGGAAGAAAUGUCAAUAUGAGAGCCAUGAAUGUACUGACAGAAGCAGAAGAGAGGUAUAAUGACUUGAUGAAGAAGAAGAGAAUUGUAGAAAAUGAUAAAUCCAAAAUCCUUGCAACUAUAGAAGACCUUGACCAGAAGAAAAACCAAGCUCUUAAUAUUGCAUGGCAAAAGGUGAACAAGGACUUUGGGUCUAUUUUUUCUACUCUUUUGCCUGGAGCUAAUGCUAUGCUUGCGCCACCAGAGGGGCAAACUGUUUUGGAUGGUCUAGAGUUCAAGGUUGCCUUGGGAAAUACUUGGAAAGAAAACCUAACUGAACUUAGUGGUGGUCAGAGGUCUUUGGUGGCAUUGUCAUUAAUACUGUCCAUGCUCCUCUUCAAGCCUGCUCCAAUUUAUAUCCUGGAUGAGGUAGAUGCAGCCUUGGACCUUUCUCAUACCCAGAAUAUUGGACAAAUGCUACGUACUCAUUUCACACAUUCUCAGUUCAUUGUAGUGUCUCUAAAAGAAGGUAUGUUCAACAAUGCAAACGUUCUUUUCAAAACCAAGUUUGUGGAUGGUGUUUCUACAGUUUCCAGAUUUACUCAGUGCCAAAAUGGGAAGAUUCCAAAAGAAACAAAAUCCAAGUCAAAAGGACCCAAGUGA